GCGGAUUUAUAGCGAGAGACCCUUUGAGAAAUCACCUCGCUCAAUAGAGUCACGUUGUCUAUGGCUGUCCGGAGAAAACAAUGUAGGUAGAUGUGACAGCUUGACAAUGAUAUAACUACUCCGAAAUCAACAACAAACUACAUGCUACAACAACGUGUUGAACUAAUGAAAUUGUUGAAGAUUAUCGUUUAUAAAAAGAUAUAAAAUCAAGUGAAUUGAUAAUUUAGUUAAAAACUAUUUGUUAUUACAGUUGAAUUCACUAUUUAUAGCCUAUUUUUCUAGCCAUACGGAUUGUUUCCAUACCUGCGGAAUUUGUUAUUUAUCGCUACGUUACCGCCAUAGUAAGCGUAUGUCAUACAAUAUUGAAAAUUAUAUUACUUAGAUGAACUAAAAUUAUCCAUAUAGGUAACCUCACAAUUUGCAAGGGCAAGGGCAAACUGAACUCGUAUCGUACCUUCUAAUAAGGAAAACUAAUUUGUAAGUUAACAAACACAUGAAUUGAUGAUGAUUCUAACAAUAAGUUUCUUUUAGUCGAGUUAACGGACUAGCCAGCCGAACUGCGAAACAGUUUUCUUAACAAUCUCGAAAAUUACGAGACGGUUCGAGGGGCCUGGACCUAGAGAGCGAACUAGAGAGUGACGAUGUCGACCGUCGACCAGGGUUGCAAAGCAUGCAACCGACCGAGUCAUGUUGAGGACAUGGUCGCAUGUGACAUCUGCGGUACGUGGUUUCAUUUCACCUGUGCAGGUGUGAAAGCAUCAAUUUGCGACAAACCAUGGCGGUGCGGAUACUGCUCCAGUAGAGCUUCCAGUGUUAGCGGUUCUAAAAGCUCAAUCCGUACUAGCAGUUCGUGUGCUCAGAUGCGCUUAAGACAGCUUGAAGAGUCCAAAGCUUUGGACGAUAGGCUGAUGCAGCAACAAGCGGAACGUGAACGUGCAUAUCUAGCUCAGAAGCACCAGCUGGAAGCUGAGAUAGAGACAGCAAAGUCCAUUUGUGGAAGUGGCAGAAGCGCCAGAAGCCUCCGAAGUCAUCGUAGCCAUCGAAGUCAUGUUCAGUUGUGGAUUAACCAGUCGCAAGAAACACCGGAGAAACAACCAGACGACUGCCUCGCUGCUACGACCUCCACUCCUAUCAUUUCAUCUGGGAAUGUCGUUUUGGAAGUACCAUGUCGAAAUGACACCGUCGUCCAUCCCCAGAACGCCCACCAACCAAUGAUCCCAGCAUCCCCGUCUGUUGUCCCAGUGGUGUCUGCGGUUACGAGCGACCAAUGCCAACAGCAACCGACAAUGCCAAGACAAAAGGGUAUUCUCAUGAAUAACCCUCGAUAUCAACAUACAGCGUUUCAGACAGUGCAGGACGACAUGCCGCAUUCUUCAGCAGCGCAACAAGUCACCUUUCAUGAUGCGUUCGGGCAACAUCCACCAGGUCAGUCUACACUGCGGCUCCAACCGACAAAUCAGUCAGAGAUUCAGGAGUCAGCGGCGUUCUAUCAGCAACCUAUAGUGGAAAGUUCAUCCCGUACAAACGUUCAGUACGAAGGACCGAUUAAUGCGGCAACUAGGAACGCUCAACGAUCGUCGCACCAGCAAGUCCAGAGGCAAUCGACUUCAUCGAUGCAUUACGCUGCUUCAAUUCCCGACAUCUCACGUCGGGUCAGUAAUCCGGCUCGGACAACGGUGGGCUAUAUUCAGGAUUCAGCGGCACAGACAGGCUCAUACGGGCAGUGGAAUCCAAAUGGAAAUGUAGGGUACAUGAGCGAUCAACAGCAUGUCACUCCGGGGAAUCAAUUCCCGUUUAUUGCGUCAACGAAUGCUUCGUGCCAACCGAACAAUAUUCAUCCAUCUUACUAUAGUGGGUGGCCUUCUGCCAAUUCAUCUCUUCUGCCACCAGUCAGUCUAGCUCAACCUGUUAGGCAAGUGCCGCAAGUUUCGUCCGGAUUAGAGGAGACAUCGAACCUCCCAGAGAGAGUACAAUUACCGGUAGGCGUGCUGACUACGCAGCAGCUGGCGGCACGGCAAGUAGUGUCCAGGGAACUGCCUAAGUUUUCCGGAGAUCCGCUGGAAUGGCCCAUGUUCAUCAAUGCUUUUGAAUCCACAACGGCAAUGUGUGGAAUUCAGCCAGAUGAAAAUCUUGCUAGAUUGCAGAAGAGCUUGGUUGGAAGCGCUCGCGACAAAGUGCAGAGCAUAUUAACCUUGCCUGCAGCCAUUCCCGAGAUCAUCGAGACCCUACGAGACGAAUGCGGGAGGCCUGAACAACUAAUGCAUUGCUUGCUAGCGAAGAUAAGGAAUGCUCCUCCGCCAAACUCCAACAGGUUGGACACGUUGAUUACGUUUGGUCGCGAGGUUAAAAAUCUGGUAACAUACGUGGAAGGAGCAAGGCUUCAGAAUCACUUAUCGAAUCCCAUGUUACUGGCUGAGCUAGUUGGGAAGCUGCCUCCCAAUCUUCGUCUAGAUUGGGGACUUCAUACACAACGAAUUCCGGAAGCAACACUUAAAGCCUUCAGCGACUAUGUAUCAUCCAUAAAGACGGCUGCCUGCCACGUAUCGCUGCCCACCGAAAUAAGCCAUCAGGAAGCAAGUUACCACAAGGGCAGAAAAAGGGAAAAGGGAGGCUUUGUGAACGCGCACACCGUUGAAGAAGCGAAGGGCACAACAAAUUCAAAAAAAUCCGAAGCAUCUACAGAUCCUAGGCCAUGUCAUGCGUGCAGCAAAAUGGACCACAGAAUCCGAAAUUGUCAGAAGUUCUCGAGUUUCAAUCUGGAUCAGAGGAAACGGCUUGUGGAGCAGUUCAAGCUCUGCCAUCAGUGCUUGGGAUGUCAUGGCAAAUGGCCCUGUCGAUCCAAGCAGGUAUGUGGAGUCGACGGAUGCACAGACACCCAUAAUAAACUGCUACAUCCAUCAAAACGCUCGUCAGCGAAUGUGGAAGUACCCGCGUCAACUGGCUUGGUUUCUACACACUGCUUCAACCGAACCAGUGCACUCUUCAAGAUACUGCCAGUUGUCCUCUAUAAUGAAGGAAAAACCGUUUCCACCUAUGCGUUUCUGGAUGACGGAUCAGACCUUACCCUUCUGGAGAACACCGUCGCUGAAGAACUUGGUUUGACAGGGGAAAUAAUGCCGCUCUGCUUACAGUGGACGGGAAAUGUCACCCGAAAGGAGUCGACAUCGGAGAAAGUGCGGUUGCAUAUAUCCGGUGUAAACGAGCAAUCGAAAUACGUCAUGUCAGACGUGCGUACCGUGGCCAGCCUUGAUCUACCAAACCAAAGUCUCGCAUUCGAUGAAUUGGCCAAACAAUAUCCGUACCUACGAGGGAUUCCUGUCAACAACUUCUCUAAGGCAGUUCCUAGGAUAUUGAUAGGAUUAGCUCAUGCUAAGUUGACACUGACGUUGGACAAACGAGAGCGCCGAAGCGAUGAACCAAUCGCCGCGAAGACCCGGCUUGGGUGGACAAUAUUUGGUGGAGGCGGGGCGAAAGUUCAGGGGCCUCAGCGGGUAAUGGUCCAUACCUGUAAUUGCUCACCGGAUACGAAACUGCAUGAGCUGGUGAAGGAUUAUUUCGCCGUUGAAAAUAUGGGAGUGCAUGCGGUGCAAACCCUAGAAUCGCCAGAAGACCAACGUGCGAGGCAGAUCUUACAACAAACCACCAAGCGUACUCAGUCUGGCAGGUUCGAGUGCGGUCUUCUAUGGAAAAACGAUACUGUUGAUUUACCGGAUAGUUACAAGAUGGCUGAACGACGGUUGGUUUGCCUUGAGAAGCGGCUUGGGAAAGAACCCGCUCUGAAAAAAAAAAGUAGAGGAACAAAUUGGCGAGUAUCUCGAACGCGGCUACGCUCACGAGGCGACAAAAGGCGAGUUGUGCAAUUUGGAAUCUCAUCCGGUGUGGUAUCUACCACUCGGAGUCGUACAAAAUCCACGCAAACCAGGUAAAGUACGACUUGUUUGGGAUGCAGCAGCCCGCGUAGGAGACAUAUCGCUGAACGCCAUGUUGCUAGCAGGGCCAGAUCUGUUGACACCGCUAUUGAAAGUGAUGUCUGGAUUCCGACAACGACAAUUUGCAGUCGUUGGAGAUGUGCGACAGAUGUUCCACCAGAUUCUGGUUAGACCAUCCGAUAAACAAGCACUACGAUUCCUGUUCCGGUCAGACCCA